AUGGGCGCUCUUCUGGGCCCCAAGGAGAAGCGCAGCCUUGCCAGCACAGACCCCAGGACUGUACGCUCAGCUGAGCAGCCGCCGACGCUGGUCGGGGGGGAGCUGCCGGCCUGUGUGGGCUCCGCCGGGACAGGGCGGGUGCUGGGAGCUGACGGUGUCUUGUCCUGGCAGCCGGCAUGCGAGCCCGGUGGCCUCGGACAGGAGACGGAAGCUCUGAGGCUGCGGCUCUUCCACCUGCCGCAGGGCCAGCCGCGGGGAGGAAAGGACCCCUUUUCACUGUCUGUCCGUCUCCCCAUUGGCCUCGCGCAGGAGCAGCAUGCCGCCCUGGCCAACCUGACGCAGACCCUGGAGGACGCCUUCAGGAGGGUCCUCGUCGGGUACAUGGACGCGUGGCGCCGGAACACGACCGCCCAGCAGGAGGCCCUGCAGGCCCGGGUGGACGCCGAGAACUUCUACUACGUCAUCCUGUACCUCAUGGUGAUGAUCGGCAUGUUCUCCUUCAUCGUGGUGGCCAUCCUGGUGAGCACGGUGAAGUCCAAGCGGCAGGAGCACUCCAACGACCCCUACCACCAGUACAUCGUGGACGACUGGAAGCAGAAGUACAAGAACCAGAUCCUGAGCCUGGAGGAGGCCAGGGCCACCGUCCACCAGAACCUCGGCGCGGCGGGCUUCAAAACGUCCCCGUGA